CAGGGCGACCGCUGAGCGCCGUCACCGGUUGGCGGAGCCGCUACGACGUCACCGCAGAUACCGGGAUUUCCUCUCUCCGUAGGGCUCCGUGCUGUGUGACGGUGUGUGACGGUGGACCGGAGCCUCUGACUCGGCACGUUAUUGUAGACACGUCAGCCGUCAACCGGGCUCAUCUAGCGUGUUUCCUCCCCGGGUUUUCAUCUGAGACCGGUCCGCCGCUGGAGGACAUGUGUCUCUGUCUGUCUCUGUGGAAGAGACGUUAACAUGGUGAACGUCCUCCUCUGCGUCUCCUGCUCAUAAACACCAGAUCCGUUCUGCUGCUGAGGGCGACCUGACAUAAUGUCUGCCAUCUUCUCUGAUGCCCUCAUAGCAGCCGGGCGGGUGGAGGGCCUGCCGCUCUCCUCCCUGCCACCGCUACCAGAGCUAUCGGAAGAGGAAGCAUCGUCGGAGAGGGGGCCAAGGAGACGAGGCCGCUACCGGCAAAGCCUGCAGCUUUUAAAGCCCUUCAGGAUAACACACAAGCACCAGCACCCAGUCGAUAACGCCGGCCUCUUCUCAUUUAUGACUCUGCACUGGCUCUCCCCGCUGGCACUGAAGGCCUACAAGGCAUCCAGCUUGUCUAUAGAUGACGUGUGGGGACUGUCUUGCCACGAAGCCUCUGAGAUCAACUGCCAAAGACUCGAAGCGUUGUGGCACGACGAGCUGAAGAGUCGAGGGCGAGAGGGAGCAUCCCUGACAAGAGUCUUCUGGAGGUUCUGCCAAACCCGCAUGCUGGUGGCCAUCUUCUCUCUCCUCCUCACAAUGGUGGCUGGCUUCGUUGGGCCCGCUCUCCUGGUCCGAGCUCUGCUGGAGUAUUCCCAGAGCUCAGUGAGCUGCGUGCUGUACGGCCUCUCUCUGGUAGCCGGGAUCUUCCUCAUGGAACUGAUGCGCUCCUGGUCGUUGGCGCUCAUGUGGGCCGUCAACUACCGCACUGCAGCACGCCUCCGUGGGGCAGCUCUCACUUUUGCAUUCCACAAGAUCCUCCGCCUACGCAGCACUAAAGACAUCAGCCCGGGCGAGCUGAUCAACAUCUGCUCCAGUGACGGCCAGCGGCUGUAUGAAGCUGUGUCAGUGGGCUGCCUGCUGGCUGGGGGGCCCCUGGUGGGAAUACUGGGUCUGGCCUACACUGCCUACUUCCUGGGCCCCACUGCUCUGCUGGGGUCAGCAGUUUUCAUCCUCUUCUACCCUACCAUGAUGCUCGCAUCGAGACUGACAGCGUAUUUCCGCAAGAAGUGUGUGACGGUGACUGACCGGCGCGUGAGGCUGAUGAACGAGAUCCUGGGCUGCAUAAAGUUCAUCAAGAUGUAUUGUUGGGAGGAUGCCUUUGCUCAGAAUAUCAACAAGGUGCGAUCAGAAGAGAGGGGGAUACUGGAGAAAGCUGGGGUCGUCCAGAGCCUCACAGUGGGUGUGGCUCCCAUCGUCGUAGUGAUGGCAUGCGCGUGCACUUUCACCCUACACAUUGCCUUGGGCUAUGACCUUACUGCAGCUCAGGCUUUCACCGUGGUUGCAGUUUUCAACUCCAUGACCUUUUCCCUGAAAGUCACACCAUUGGCUGUGAGGGCGCUGUCGGAGGCUGCUGUCGCAGUCAAAAGAUUUCAGAGGCUCUUCAUGAUGGAGGAAAGACAGGUUGUUUUGGUCAAAAUGGAGGAUCCUAGCAAUGCAGUGGAAUUUCAGGACGCCACGCUGGCUUGGGAAAAGGCGCGCACUCCUCCACCUGCGAAACCUAACCCACCUCCCAAGAAGCGAGGAGGGAUGAUGCGCGUGUUGCGCAGGGAGAAGCUCAGCCUGUACAUUUCCACAGAGGACGGCAAAGCAAGCAAGGAAGUUCCCAACGCACAAAGUCUUCUCACAAAUAUGGAGCAGGAGAGUCCACAAAGCACCAUCUCCUCCACUCAGAGCAUACGACCUCCGCUGCACAAGACCCUGCACCGCAUUGACCAACGCAUUAAGAGGGGUUCACUGGUUGGAAUCUGUGGAGGAGUCGGUAGCGGAAAGAGCUCCCUUCUGUCUGCUCUACUGGGACAGAUGACCCUGUUAGAGGGCAACGUAGCUGUCAGCGGGGGCUUCGCUUACGUAGCUCAACAAGCCUGGAUCCUCAAUGAAUCACUGAAAGAGAACAUCCUGUUUGGAAACGAGUAUGACCAAGACAAAUAUGAUGCCGUCCUGGAAGCAUGCUGCCUUCUCCCAGAUCUGGCAGAGCUCCCGUAUGGAGACAUGACAGAGAUCGGAGAGAGAGGAGCCAACCUGAGUGGAGGACAACGUCAGAGAGUGAGCCUGGCCCGUGCCCUCUACAGCGAGCGGCCUAUACUUCUGCUGGAUGACCCUCUCAGUGCUGUCGAUGCUUGUGUGGGUUCCCACGUUUUCCAUAAAGCUAUCAGGGGUGCCGCCAGAGGCAAGACGGUGCUCUUUGUGACCCACCAACUGCAGUACCUGCCCGAGUGUGACAAGGUUAUCCUGAUGAAGGACGGGCAGAUUGCCGAGCACGGCACCCAUGCUCAGCUAAUGGGUAAAGAGCGUGACUAUGCCAGCCUAUUCAACAGCAUGCAACAGGAGAAUCUGGUGAAGGAGAAUUUAAAAAACAAACAGCAGAGGUCGGGCCCAGAAAAGGAUGACUGUGCUGUUGACGUUGCCAAGGUCGGACCAAAGGUGGAGAGCAAGAAAAGAGAGCGACUGAUGAAAGCUGAGGAGAAGGGCUCCGGUGCGGUCGCCUGGUCUGUGUAUGGCGCCUACAUCAAAGCAGCAGGGGGCCCAGUAGUCUUCAUCAUCAACAUCUUCCUCUUCCUCUCCACCACAGGCAGCAUAGCCUUCAGUAACUGGUGGCUGAGCCACUGGAUCAGACAGGGCAGCGGGAACACCUCAUUAAUCUUGGUGAAUGAAACGAUGGCGAGGAACAGCAUGAGACUCAACCCUCACAUUCAGUACUAUACGACUGUUUACGUCGCCUCCAUGGGAGCUGCUCUUCUGCUGAAGACAAUGAGAGGGCUGGUGUUUGUGAAGUGCACGGUGAAGGCUGCCUCCGUGCUCCACGACAAGCUGUUCCGCCGGCUCCUCCUCAGCCCCAUGCACUUUUUUGAUACGACGCCUCUGGGUCGUAUCUUGACCCGCUUCUCCAGAGACAUGGAUGAGGUUGACGUGCGUCUCACCAUGCAAGCUGAGAUGCUGCUGCAGAACCUGACCCUGGUGCUGUUUUGCUUGGCAAUGGUGGGCAUUGUCUUCCCGUGGUUCCUGAUCUCCAUCCUGCCACUGGGAGCCUUCCUCUGCGUCGUCAACCGGGUCUCCAGGGUUCUGAUUCGUGAGUUGAAGCGCCUGGAGAACAUCAGCCAAUCACCAUUCACCUCUCACAUCACCAGCAGUCUUCAGGGAUUCUCCACCAUCCACGCCUACGGAAGAGGCCCCGACUUCCUCCAAAGAUAUCAGGAAUUACUGGACACCAACCAGGCCUCCAACUACCUCUUCAGCUGUGCUAUGCGCUGGCUGGCUGUUCGCCUCGACCUCAUCAGCAUCUCUCUUAUCACUGGUGUAGCACUUUUCAUUGUCUUCAUGCACAAUCAGAUACCUCCAGCCUACGCAGGCCUCGCCAUAUCGUAUGCAGUGCAGCUGACCGGCUUGUUUCAGUUCACCGUGCGGCUGCUCACGGAGACCGAAGCUCGGUUUACAUCAGUAGAGAGGAUCAAUCAUUAUGUAGAGUGUCUAGAGAGUGAAGCACCCCGACAGAGUCCCGAGGCAGAUGCUCCUGCCCCCUCCUGGCCUCAGCAGGGAAACAUCACCUUCCAGGAUGUGGACAUGCGCUAUCGUGAUGAUCUGCCGCUCGUGCUUAAGAAGCUGUCCUUCAGCAUCCUGCCGGAAGAGACCAUCGGCAUUGUGGGCCGCACGGGAUCAGGGAAGUCCUCUCUGGGUGUCGCUCUGUUCAGACUGGUGGAGCUGACCGGAGGCUCGAUCGUCAUUGACGGAAUCAAUAUUGCACAGAUUGGUCUGGAUGACCUGCGAAGCAAGCUAGCCAUCAUUCCUCAAGAGCCCAUGCUCUUCAUCGGGACAGUCAGGACUAAUUUAGACCCGUGGGAUCAAUACUCUGAUGCACAGAUAUGGGAAGCUCUUGAGAAGACUCAUAUUAAAGAGAUGAUCAGCCAGCUGCCUCACUCGCUCCACUCAGAGGUGACGGAGAACGGAGAGAACUUCUCGGUGGGAGAACGGCAGCUGCUCUGUGUGGCCAGAGCUCUUCUGCGCAACAGCAAGGUACUUAUAUUGGACGAGGCGACAGCAGCCAUCGACACUGAGACAGAUCGUCUCAUCCAGGAGACAAUCCGCUGUGAGUUUGGCAGCUGCACCACCCUCAUCAUCGCCCACCGUCUCAACACCGUGAUGAGCUGCAGCAGGGUCAUGGUCCUGGACAACGGCCAGAUCUCGGAGUUUGACAGUCCCGCUGCUUUGCUGGCAGAUGAAAACUCAAGAUUCAGAGCCAUGGUAGAAGCAGCAGAAAACCAAAGCAGAUAAAAGACACUGGAGCUCAACUUUGGAUGAGCGGCGACGCCACAAAAUAUUCAGUUGAAUACCUGAAAAUGCACAUAAGAACCCCACAAUUAACUCAGUCCUGCCGAGGUGUGAAAGUAAAAAAAGAAAUUACACUGGCUCUUGUGGCUGCUCUGUGUAAUAAUGUCUGUUUAUUUCCAAACCAAAGACCCAGGGAUCACACUUCUGAAGGACGCAUCAAAUCUCACUAUGCAAAGAAAGACAUAGCAGCCUCCUGCUCUUUGCCGAGUUGUUUCCUGGAGGCCAAAUAAUUAGCUGCAAGUGAAACAGAGCUACGCCUCUGAAUAUAGCACUUUAUAAUUCAUGUGGACACAUGGAAGGACAUGUUGUGCUUCCUUUUCCUCUGGAGGUCAGCUGAUCAGUGAGACUCCCGAUUAGUUUUAGUCAUUUUAUUUACGGAACUAAGACCUCACAGUGCAAGAAUGUACUAGUUAGUACUGAUUAUUCAAUAAGGUAUAUUAAAUUAAUCACCUAUUAUUAACCAUUCCUAAUAGGAACUGUCUGAAAAUGUUUUUCUUUUUAUGUUUUAUGCAUCUAGUAAAAUGUUAUAUUCAGUCAUUUCUGUAAUUUAUUGCAGAAACGAUACGUGCCUAGAGCUGUAAACACUUUCAGGUCAUAUAAUGGAGUUAGCCAUGUAAGCAUGCUUUUUUUUAGGCUGCGUGCAAGUACUGUGUUUUUGGAAUGAGCCGAAGUUUCCUCUAAAUCCAAAUGCUGGAGUUUAAAAUGUGCACAUUUUACGCUAAUGUUGUGUUUUUACCUGCAAGGUAAAAUUCUGGUGUCGAACAAAGUGUGUUAUGCAAUUAAGGUUGUAAACCCCGGUACAGUGUGCAAUGAGCAACAAAGCUGAAAGUGGUCAACAUAAGAUGUGUCCUCAGAUGUUUGGGGAUCGUAAACUUCUGCCUUAUAAUCAAGUAUGUGCUGAACAAUCAUGAAGAGUGCAAUAUCUUUCUAUUGCAUUGAUACAAGAUUGUAAUCUUUUUUUUGUAAAUGUUUGAUUUUUGUUAUUAAGGUUGUUGUUUUUUCAAUAAAAAUAUUUUUUAUAUAU